AUGAAUACCGACUGGAAGCAGCUUCUACUGAUUGCAGGGGGAGUAGCGGUCACGGGGGUGGCUGCGUAUUAUCUCCUUAGGGAUGAUGGGGCGGCAUCCAAGGAGAGAGACUCGGAUAACACGAAGCUUAAUCAAAAUGACGCCACAAAGGAGCAGGUGUUGAUGGUCCUCCAAGACAUCAUGGCCACGCAAGAGAAAAUGAAGUGCCUUUUGAAGAAGUUUACUCAGAAAUUCGUGGAUGAGGAGUGCACAUUUCAAGAAGCAUGCUCUUUGGUGGCAAAACAGAACCCCGAGGAUCCCUUGGCGCGGUACGGGUUGACCGUCGCUACGUUCGACAGCUUGCUGGACAAGUUCGGAGAAGACCCUGAAGUCAAAGAUUUCGUGCUUAGCAUCAUGGGAUGCGCCUCAGCCCCUAACCCCAGCGCGGCAGCGUAUCAGAUUACUACAGAACGCCUAAUCAAGGUGCACGAGUUCAUGCGGGACGAGCUGCAAGCCUUGGCAGCGGAGGCGGGGUGCUUGCCUAAGGAAGACACGAAAGUCAUUGCUUUGGCUGCGCAAGCAUACGUUGGGGCGUUGGUGCAAAAGCAGUUUGGACUGCGAGGAGAGGACAUUGAGGGGGCGGUCAUGCUGAAUCACAAAGCACUCGCGGCGGAUGCGAAAUUCACAUUGGUGAACUGUGCAAUUCAAAAAACCAUGAACGAUCUCGUAGACCCUGAGUCGUGA